GUCACAACCGGGAUCAGAGUACACAACGCCGCCGUUACUUGCAAACAAACAAGCAAGCAAAAUACGACAGCAAUGGCAGAACAAUUUUUCCAAAAAGUCGCCGACGAUGUCGAUGCGGCCGCGGAACAAUUGUGGUCGAUUUUUGGGGCGGGCAGCGCUGAACAAGAGGACAAGGCAGAUGCCACGGGUGGCCCCGGUGCCGACUCGGGGAGUUUUGCCCACCAGUUUGAUUUUUCGGACACGGACAUUGACGGAUUGUCGGACGAGGAGAUUCAGAGGCUUCUGGGAGAGGAAAUGAUGCGGAACAAUCCGCUGCAAGACAUUGCAAACGACGUCACACAAAACAUCGUGGCGGGGCAGGUAAGGAAUACGAAACGAAAGUCGCAGGACGGAGGGAAACGAUCACUGGAAGGCGAGGUGACAAUGAGAGGAAUUAUUCUGCAGCAGAAACACGAACGGAAUCGUAGCCCUCGCUUAAAAUCUGGACUGCAUCUAUCAAAUGAUCGAUGUUGCUGACUAUUGGUGAUUUUCUUUUCUGGCUCGGACGCACGGUACCUUUUUCGUCCAGGCCCAACCGCAAUCCGCAAGAGAACACUUUGACGCCUUUCGAUCGGCAAUCAACUGGUCGGAGAAAUUUGUCAUCGGUUUAGUGUGUUUUCAGAUCGUAAUGUUCCUUCUGUGCCUUUACUUUUCGAAAAAAGAUCGGGGGUUGGCUCCACGGAUUUCCCUCUUGGUCUUCAUUGGCAUCGUGGUGCGUGCGGCGGAAUGGCUGAAUUCAAUCGGCGCAGAUCAUUGGGAAUCCUUUGCCACCCAGGAUUAUUUUGAUAAGAAAGGCAUCUUCGUUGGAAUCAUGCUGUGCGCCCCUCUUCUUCUGGAUUCACUGAUGAUGCUGCUCUUCUUCAUGAAGGAAGCUUCGACGUUGCUCGUCCAGGUCAAACGAAACGAAAUCAAACAAAAGCAGAAAAAGAAGAGCAAGAGCGAUGACGGCAAGAAGGAAAAAGUCGGGGGCAGAACGAAAACAAAAAAGCAGGACUAGUGGAUACUGUACUACGAGUUCUCGUGCAAACUUAGAGCUACCG